AAAGUGAUAACAGAACGUAUAAAGUUGAUGUGAAUGUCCAUUAAGUGACUUUCUCUGGUAAAUUUUAUUUGUCGACAAAAAGUUCUUCUUAUUUUGUUCUGAUAGCAAUAAUGGGAAUCAUUUUGUUACCAUGCUUUUACUGCCAUUACUUUCGAGUGAAAAAAGACUUGUACAAGGAAGCACAAAAAAGAUACUCCUGUAAGUUAAUCCAGCACGUUGACGAAGACUUCUACAAAGAAGCACAAAAAAGUUACUCCUAUAAGUUAACGCAAUCUUUUUGAAGUUGGUUGUCAAGAAUCUAUUGAGGGAAAAAAAGAAAGAGGAAGAAUAUUCACACUGAGAUUAUGGAUGAUCAAAAUCGAGGCCAUGUUGACAUUGAAAGUGGAGAAUCUAGUCAAGUUACAGGGCCACGUCCAAAGAGAGACAAUCAUACUUUCCAGAGGGGAACUAGUUCGGAGAUAUUACCAAAAAGAGAUUGGAUAGAAAGGAAGAAGAAUACUUUAAUGAUUGUGGCUUCACUUAUUGCAACCAUGUCUUUUCAAGCUGGUCUCAACCCUCCUAGUGGAGUUUGGCAAGAUAAUUCAAAAGAUACUGGAAUAGCAUCACCUAGUCCAUUUCCUCAACAUAAAGCAGGUCACUCAGUGCUGGCAGAUAAUUACAAACCACUUUAUAUACGAUUUCUAGUGUCUAAUACAGUGGCGUUUAUAGCAUCUUUUAGCAUCGUAUUACUGUUGAUAAGUGGCUUGCCUUUAAGGACAAAAGGUUUAAUGUGGAUAUUGAUGUUUAUCAUGUGGAUCGCCAUUGUUGCAACCGCGUUCACUUACCAUACAUUUAUCGCAGCCUAUUCCCCAAGAGAAAGCCUCUAUCAAUAUUUCCUAGGAUGCUCACUGCUGGCAUGGAUGGUACUCUUGUCCCUCCUGUUCAUUAUCCAUACAAUCCGCUUGAUAGUGAAGGCUGUUAGAAAGCUGAUCCGCGUGAUAGUGAAGGCUGUUAGAAAGCUGAUCCGCUUGAUAGUGAAGGCUGUUAGAAAGCUGAGACAAUCUGCUGCCAAGUGGAGUAUGAAUGAUUCCAGCUAGUGUAAUAAGAAUGUACUAGCUAGUGCUUAGCAAAACUCUAUCUCAUGUAUCUAGGGAUUCAUGAUCACCAUGAUUGUAUUAGUACUCUUAUGACUGAUUCUAAAAUAUUUGAGUUUUAGACCUCUUUGUAAAGUAAUAUAAUGGUUUGACGCAUUUAGGUUA